AUGUUGGUAGGCGGAGGUGACACUGGUAGUUUACGCCGAGACAAAGAGGGAGAGAGUGAAUGGAAACAAAUGAGGGAAGAGGAGGAGCUAGGACUAUCUGGCGGGAUAAUAGUCAUGUGGAACCCCCAAUUUAUCAACUUUGAGAUGAUAGGAAGGGAUCUUCAUUCUAUUCACGGCGUUGUGGAGGUAAACAAUUCUAACCCCUUCCAAUUUUUGAUUUCAGCUAUUUAUGCUAGCACUAAGUUUAAAAGUAGAAUAGAAUCUUGGCAUGAACUAAUUGAUAUGUCUAAACAUAUUUCUGUGCCUUGGGUGGUAAUGGGAGAUUUUAAUGAAAUUACCUGUCAAUCGGAUAAACUGGGGGGAAAUCGUAUAAAACAGUACAGAGCUGAUAAAUUUGUUGAUGCAAUGGAUGAAUGUGGUUUGAUAGAUGUUGGCAACAUAGGAAGUUUCUCUAACAUGGUAAAUGAAAAUAUGAAUGCUGGUUGCUCUAAUCUUGUGACCAAACUUAAAAACAUUUCAAAAACAAUGUCUUCUUGGGCUAAAGACAACAUAGGGAACUUUCUUAAAAAAGGGAAAAUUCUGUCUGCUAGAUUACGUGGGAUAGAAAAAGCCUUAGAAAUUAGACCAAACUGCAGGCAUCUACUGGAAUUAAAUGAGGAACUCUCUAAGGAGUUGGGCCUCAUUUAUGAACAGGAAGAAACCUUUUGGAUGGCCAAGGCAAGGUGUAAUUGGAUCAAAAGUGGUGAUGCAAAUACUGGGUUCUUCCAUAAGUCAGUUAUCAUAAGGAGAAGAAGGAACAAAAUUUCUAAACUCACCUCUGAAGUUGGCCUAAAUGUUGAGGGUCCUGACUUAGUCUCCCAUAUUGUCACCUACUUCACUAACCUCUUUACCUUAGAGAUCACUAUCCCCCCAUGUGAAGACCACCACUAUAGAAAUGAGAUUAACAUAGAUCAACCAACCUCCAUUGAGGAAAUAGGGAAGACAGUCUUUGAGCUAGGACCCCUAAAAGCCCCAGGAAGGGAUGGCCUCCAUGCUUAUUUCUACCAGCAACACUGGGGGAGUCUUUGGCAAGACACUUAUAACUUUGUAGAUAGCAUUCUCCAGGAUAGGUCCUUCCCUAUUUAG